GUCAACUGUUGGGUGUAUAGUCGGAACUAGCCGUAGCAGCGACGUGCAGUCCUUCAGUUGUCUGUACGUAAGCUGACAUAGCGGGGACGAAUAUGUCGUGUAGGCUGUGGAAGGAGACACUGGCUCUGGCAGAGGACUACCUGGCUUUCUGCUGUGCGAGCCCAAGGCUAGCCCCUCCCCCUCCCAGCGAGCCGGCGGCUGCCAUGAGACGUCUGGCACAAGACAUGGAGACCCUGAACAUCGUCUCCUUCAAUGCCCUUUCCAAGAACCUCCUGUGCCACUCUGAACAGGACCCCUGUGCCAGCCUGAGGACAGUGCUGAAAGAGAUAGUUGUAGAUGGAAAACUGAACUGGGGAAGGGUAGUUUGCAUCUUCACCUUUACGGGUGUGCUGGCCAGACAGCUACAAGAGCAGAAGUCAAAGGGGCAGGACAUUGGGCAAGGGCCUGACAAAUGCAGGGGCUUGGCUGAGGCCAUUGCUGACUUCCUGGGAGAAGAGAAGAAAGACUGGAUACAGGAGAAUGGAGGCUGGGAAGGGCUUUGUAAGUUUUCAGAUUGUGCCAGAGGGAUGAACCAAGACUCGUCCAUGAAGACGGCCCUGUUUGCUGUUGCUGGCGUGGGUAUUGCAGGGUUAACCUUUCUCCUGGGGCGCUAGCCAGCCUCAAUCACCUCUUAGCCACCAUCUUUCAUAUCACGCAUAGAAGUUUUUUUAAUUUUAAUUUUUAGUUUAUGCCAUUUGUCUUGAAACUAACUUGUCGGUUUAUUAAUUUGUGUGUCAAUGGAUUGUUUUCCGGUCAUCCACAAUGUUUGCACAUAUUAUUAAUUAUGACACAUAAUCAAGGAGAUUGUAAGAACGAAUCUAAUGCCUUUAGAGAUGACGUGUAGGUGUAAAAUCUGUCCUGAAGUGAACAGGGUUGAUCUGAACUGUGUUAUUGUGCAGGCCCCGAUGUGACAUUGUUUAAUUUGUUUUCUCUGCCUUUAAACUUCAUAUGCUGACCUGGGUUGUGAAAUACACAUAAAUUAAUAUAUUAUAUUUAUAAGAAAAUGUUGACAAUUUCCAUUCUUGGGUUUACCCAAAUGAAUUAGUUAGUUUAUCUGCAUUGUUUUGUCCUAUGCCUUCUGUUUGUUUACAUGAGCAUUGUGGCUGUGUGGGUGCGUGGGUGACUGGACAGUGGUGCUAUGUGUUAUCAAGCUGUCUGUUACAAAGGGACCAAUUUGACAACCUUUUUUUAUGACCAUAUUUGAAAAAAAUGAUUCCUAUGGCCAUGCCCCUAUAAAUGACUUUUUGGCACAAUAUUUUUACAUGGUUUUAUUUAUUUAUCAAUUUCUUAAUAAAAAAAACCCAAACAAAACAA